GGAAUGUGUGUCCAUGUUGUGUUAGCCCGCCAUUACGAUCCAUUAACGUGGUGCUCCCUCGUGGCUAAGGCAGGUUGCAGCUCACGUUUAGCAAGAUGUCGAAAAGCGAGCUCGCUUGUGUAUACGCAGCCCUAAUGCUAGCUGAUGACGACAUAGAUGUCACAGCUGAUAAAAUCAAUACUAUACUAAAGGCAGCCAAUAUCAAGUUUGUGGAGCCGUAUCUUCCUAACCUUUUCGCAACUGCUUUGAGUGGAAAGAACAUCAAGGAUCUGCUGAUGUCUAUGGGUUCGGCGGCGCCUCCAGCAGCUACCGCACCAACUGCAGCCCCAACUGCAUCUGGGGCUCCUGAGAAGGCGAAGGAACCUGUUAAAGAAGAAAAGCCAGUAUCAGAUGACGAUUCGGACGGGUCGAUGGGCUUCGAUUUGUUCGGUUAAUAUGUUAAUCGUAUAGUAAACAUUUUGUACGGUCGG